UUCUCUGAUUCUCUCGAUACAUCAGUCUAUCAGGAUGGCCACACUUGGAGAAAUAACUGAUCUCUUCUGCAAACUCGCCUUCCACCUGCAAACCCUAACUCACACUGCACAAAUGCAUUAUCAAGAUGAAGAAACCGAGCAUUCUGAUUCUGUUGAUCUCUCCAUUUCAAGCAUAACUCAAUCUCUUAAUCUCAAUGACAAUGCUGGGGUUAGGGUUUUGGAUACCGCUCUCUCCCUCAUGUGCUUCACAGCGCCACAGGUUUUCGAUUCUAUGAUUGAGUAUUUUGUCAAGACGAUUGUGAGUGUUUUGUCUACUUCGAUAAGUUGUAAAGUGUUGCCAUUCGGGAAAGAAGAGAUUUUGCGGGUUGGCAGUUGCAUUUCCCAGCGGGAUUGCGUGGAAUUUAUUGAAGUUGUUAAUGAUGUUGUAUCAAAAUUGGACCAACAUGGGGUGCCUUCUCAUUUACUAUUACGUUCUGCUGCUAGGGUUGCGGUUUCAACAUCCUGCUGUAGAUAUAUGGUCCCGUCAAUGCAUGUAUUGGAUGUUAAAUCAAUUGAUAGAAGAAGCACUGCUAUCUCAAACCUCCUUUCCCACUUGCCCGGUGACUUAUCCCUUGACAACAAUAAAUUACCACUGAGGUUGCUGUCAUGGUAUCUUGAUCCACUAACAUUAAAACAUGAUAUAUCAAAUAUCUUGCAAGAAACCAUGAAAAGGCCUUUCCUUACUUUGAGCAAGGAGUUUUAUGAGAGGAUGGAAUGGCGCUCCAUUCUUCUGUGCUUGGUGCUUUCUCCAAUGAUGUUUAUUCAUACCAGAGCUCUACUACAUGAUUGGUUCAUGUUGACGGAUCUGGGUUCAGUACUGGAGUUUUUGAUUGAGUUAGUUGCAGUGAUACUAGAUGUCAUUUCUAGACCAACAUGGUGGGGCAUACCGCUGGAGUUGGCAUCAGAGCUGCCAUUUUCUAAUGCCUAUUUCCCAUGCAAGGAUCACUUAUUGAGGAUCUUAUCUGGACCCCUCGUAUCUUCAAGUUUUCAACAAUUAGUUCAAGUUACAAGCGAAUCGGAUUCUCUUGUUUGUAAACAAUUUGGUCCGAUUUCUAAAUCAUCUACAUUGAAGUUUGCAUCUGUUGAUCGCAAAUCUAUCUGGUUUCUUGGCAGGGCUCUUGUAAUCUGCUUUCCAGAUUGGUUCUAUUUUGCAUCAGGGUUACUCUUCUCCAACAAUUGUUAUCAAAAUAAUUGUCAAUUAAAUUGCUUGUUGGAGGCACCCAAUAGCAUCAUGGAACAACCUGCUGUCUCUGCUGCAAGUUUCAUUGCUUGGAUUCUGAGCCCCAAUAGCAAGCCUCACCAGGAUCUGCUGUUUGAGGGUUUGACUCGAAUGUCAGAGUGUUGGUCACGCAAACAAAUUGACUCAGAUGUUCAUGAGAACGAGUAUGGUUGUCAAGUCAUUGGCCUCUGGCUCAAUGAAUUCCAUAGAGUGAUGAAGUAUGGUGUUGAAUCCACUGACAAGUCAUCCAACUGUGAGGCAGAAUCAUAUUACUUUGUUUUACAGAACAGCAUGCUUUUCCGGAGAAUCACAUUAGGGGUUUUGAUUGGUUGUCCUAGUUAUGUUAAGGAAGAUGGAUUUGAAUUGCUGUUGCAUUAUGCUGCAACUGGUCGUGUUCUUCAUUUAACAAGUAAUAAUGCUAGAAUGAAACAUGUAGACGAAUUUAACAGAAAGGAAGCUGUUGCAGGUGCCUGUCUUAUCUUUAGUUUAACUGAUAUUGUUGAGAGGAUAUCUGCUUCAUCAUUUGAGAAUGAAAAAAGCGGAUUGGAUAUUAUUUGCCAAGUAAAAUUAGGGGCAAGCAAGUAUUUGAUAAAGUGUAUGAAGAAGCUGAUCGAGCCCAAUAUUUUUGAAGAUAAUAAGAUGCUGGUGGACCUACAUGAUAGGUUGGAAAGAUGGCGGCAUCAAGGGCAAGAAAUGUUAGAACUUGAUAAAGAUCUUGAUGAUACCAUUAAAGGCUUGAGUAAUGAAUUAUUAUUGUUAUGACUAGAUUUUCGUGAAGGACAUUACCUGCUUGGUGCACUACACAGGUUACUUGCAAGUUUUCUGUUGUUUAUUUAUCAAGGGUAAGUCGUUUAUUACAUUUUAAGUAGUCGUUUAAGUAGAUGGUAAUUCUUGGUAGAUCACUUGAUGUUGUAUCAUGGGCAUCAUGACCCAAGGGAUACUUAUUUUCAAUCUAUCUGGAAAACAAGUUGAGAUGGACAAAGCUUUGAUAAUUUUAUUUAAUAUUAUUAUUAU